UUUGAGCCGGAUUUGAGUGAUUCGAAAAUUUGUUUUUCAAAAAAAUUUGUUUUUCAAAGUUUUUUUUUCGUGGAUUUCAGGUUGGUUUUUUGUUGAUAAAUCAUGAAUAAUACAUUGGCCAUAAUGGAUUCAACAACAACAACAACAAACAUUGAUCAAAAACCGAUUGAAAAUUUUAUCAAUUUAAUCAUACAUAAUCAUUCAUUGGAUGAAUGUUUUUCUGGUUUUACAAAAACAUCACCACAAAAUGAUUUAACAACAAAAAAAAUAAUGCAAUCAAAAUUAAUAUCAAUAUUUAAAGAUAUUAUUAUCGAACCAAAUCUUUUGGAAUUGAAUCUAAAAUUUUAUAUUGAUAAUUUAAGUCGUACAAUUGAUCAUAAACAAAGUGAUUUAAUGUUUGAAUUUUUGGAUGGUAUUAUCAAUGCUGAUCUAGUUAAACCAAUGAUUGUUUGUCGCUGUAUUUUAUCCGAAAAUUUUGAAUUAAAUAAUGAAAUCUAUUGGGUAAACGGGCUGAAUUUUAUUGAACAUAUUAUUCAUUUGGUUAAAUAUAAAGAAGUAAGAGAUAUUUUGGCUAUUUUACUUUCGAAAAUAUCAUUAAUACCGAUAAAAUGUUCAAAAUCAAUUUAUCGUCAAGUACAUGCUUUUCAUAAUUUAAUUGCAUUAAUUUUGGAUCGUGAUACAAGUCUUUUACCAGCAUACUUGGUACUGGAUGAAAUUCAAAAUAAAUUCUAUACAGUUUUACAAAAUGGUAAUGGUCAUUGGGCAUUUUCCAAAUUAAUAUCAGUAUUUGUUGAUAGUUUUCGUCCGAUUGCUAAAAUCGUAUCGCAUAGUGGUCGGCCACGUAUUAUGCCUAUAGUUGGUUAUUGUUUUUGGAUAAAUUCGCUGAAUUUGGAUGAAAAAACAGCUAAAUAUAAAUUAAAAGGCCUACUACCAUAUGAUAAAGAAUUGAAUGAACCACAAACCAAAUUACUAUUGCAAAUUAUUGAACAAAAUAAUUCACGUGAAACUAUUGCCCAUAUACUAUCGUUGGCUAAACAUCAAACAGAUUUAAUCAUCAAAGAUCAACAACGUUCAAUAAAUAUUAUUGAAAAAUUAUUAAUCGAAUUGAUCAUCAGUACCGUUGUUAAAAGUUGUAAUUAUAAAACAUUUUUCGAUAACAACAGUAACGGUAGUUUUGAAUCAUUUGAUUUUAAUCAAAUGGAAAAUGAUGUUGUACAAAUCAGUAUGCUUUGGAAUCAUAUUGCAUCAACAACUCUAUAUUUCAUUUCACAAUAUCAAAAUAUUUCAUUUCCAUUGCUGAUCGCCGGUCUUUUGGAUAGACUUUAUGAAUAUGGAAAAUCAUUUUCGAAUCAAAAUCUAAUAAAAUGUCGUGAAUUCCUAAUGUGGACAUUAUUACAGAUAAUUUCUGGAACAAAAUCAUCAUCAACAGAUGACCAGAACGAACAAAACAUUAUUAUUUUAACAAAUUUUUUAAAAUUAUUCGAUUUACUUUAUUGGGAAAAAGAACCAUUACCAUUACCGGAUUUUCAUAAACGUAAUAGUGUUUUUAUUAUGUCAGCAUCAUCAUUGUUUAUAUUGAUAACAAAAAAUGAUUGUUUGGAUAGUUUAAAACAACAACCAACGCAACCGCAACAACCAAGAAUACCUAUUGCACUUAAAUCACAUAUAAAUUAUUUACGUAUGGCAGUCGCUACGAAUUCGAAUCUUUCCAAAGAUUAUUCUAUUGCUAUUCUAUGCAAUUCUUAUUCAUCAAAUCCAGAAUUGUAUUCAAAAAUUUAUAGAUAUUUUGUUGAUAAUAUUAUUGAAUCAAGAAACAACAACAACAAAAUAAAUCAAACAUCAACAACAACAACAUCGUCGGUAAAUGAUGAUCAUUUUAUAUUAAUGGAAAUGCUUGAUUCAUUAACAAUACAUACAAGAAAAGAAUUAACAUCAUAUAUAAUGAAUCGUUUGUUUAGUGUAAUGCAAGCUAAAACAAUGCCAACAUUUCCAUCAUAUUUAAUUGAAACAUAUUGCCUACUAACAUCGAUCAGUGAAAUUGAUCAACAUGAAGAAACAAAAACAUGGAGUCAUUUAAUACAAAUUUCGAAAAUUCAUAGUUGGAAUUAUUUAUUUAGUUUAUUGGAAAUAUAUUCAUAUCGUUUACAUCGUAUAAAUUCAGCUAAUCAAAUGCAACUAUUACGACAAUUAUUUAAUAAAUCUAUUGUAUCGCAAAUCAAUCAUAUUCAGCUAUAUUCAUUUAUGGAAAAUACUGCAUUGAAAAUUUUAUAUGGUUUUAAUUGUUUUGAAUUUAUUGCAUUUUGUACUGUACGACCGAAAAUUGUUGAUGAAACAUUUCUACCAUCAGAUUCAGAAGAAUUGUAUAAGAUUUUCAUUUAUACUUUGGCACGUGCUACCCAUAUAACUGGUACUGAAGCCCUUUCAAGCGAACAAUAUGUACAUUGGGUUAAAGAAAUUCUUAAAGAAAUAAAAAAUCUUAAUAAUAAUUUAGCAUGGCCAUCAUUCACACUGCAAUGUUUUCCACCAAUUAUUAGUGAAUUUUAUCAAACAAAUACAAAAAAAGAAACAAAUCAUCAACAAUUAAAAACAUCGGUUGAUGAAGAAUAUCGUCGUUGGAAAUCUAUUACUAAUGAUAAUGAUCGUAUUAAACAUUUUACAUCGCAAGGAACACCACCAUUAAUUUAUUGUCUUUUAUAUAAAAUGCUUUUGGAUAAUGAAAACAUACCACAAGUAUCAUAUAAAAUUUUAGAUAAAAUUGGUGUAAAAGCAUUAUCAAAUCAUUUGAGAACAUUUGCUGAUUUUUUAGUAUUGGAAUUUGCAAAUUUAGUCGGUGGUUCACAUGUUAGUAAAUCAAAAGAAGCUGUUAAUGAUCUUAUUUGGAAAUGUCAUGUUGUUACAUUGGAUAAAUUGUUACUUUGUUUAGCAUUACGAAGUUUUGAAGGAAAUGAAGCACAAGUUUGUUUUUUCAUUAUUCAAUUAUUAACGGUAAAAAAUCCUGAUGUAAAAAAUCGUGUUAAUGAUUUUGUUAAGGAAAACUCACCCGAACAUUGGAAACAAAAAAAUUGGAACGAAAUGCAGCAAAAUUUUUUAAAGAAAUAUCCGGAAAAAUAUUAUUUUGAUCAUUUACAAGAUGUUAACAAUCUGGGAAAUGCUAUGAAUAUACCACCAAUUUUUAGUAAUAUUUGUUUACGAAUAUUACCAGUUUUUGACAUUAUUAUACAUCGUCUAAUCGAAAUGUUAUCAUGUGGAAAUGAUUUUGUAUCGAAUUUUGUCGAUACAUUAUUAAAUGAAUAUGGAUGUUUGUAUAAAUUUCAUAGCUAUCCAAUAACAUUUCUUUAUAAUACUCUACAUUAUUAUGAGAUAAAUUUGAAAGAGAAAACCAAAUUAAAAAAGAAACUAGUGUUUACAAUUAUAAAUGCAUUUAAAGAUUUUCGUCCGAAAAAUUGGUCAAUAUCCGAACCAUUUAUGAAUUAUUGUCAAAAAAAUAAUGAUGAAGAAUGGAAUCCAGGUUCAGAAUAUUUUAAAUUUUUAGUUGGAAGAUUUGUCGAUACAUUAUCAUCACAAAGUAAAUGUCCAUUCAGUAUGACUGAUUAUCGUUUUAAUGAAUUUUCAAAUAUACAAUCACAUGCAUUAUAUGUAACUUGUGUUGAAAUAUUGGCAUUACCCGGAAAACCAUCCGAUAUUUCAAAUCAAUUAAUCAAUGUUGUUACGAAUAGUCAUAAAAAUAUUUCCCGUCAAGAUAUUGAAUUAUGGAUCAAUGCUAUUGGUUUGAUAUUUACAGCCCUACCGGAAAGUUAUUCAUCAAUACUAAAAGAACGUUUUGUUGAAUUAUUAAAAAAUUCACGUACAUUUGUAGGAAAAAAUUUCUUUCAUAUUUUUGAUUUUAAAAAUAGUCAUUCAAAUUUUUAUGAAAAUGAUAUGUGCUAUACGCUUGCCUUAUUACAUUCAUAUUGGUUUCAUGGAACAUUUGGCCAGUUAUGUUUAAUGCCACAAUUUAUCAAAGAAAAAAUCAAACCUAUUGUACAAACUGAAGAACAACUGAUAUUGGUUUGUUAUUUUGUUGGACCAUUCCUACAACGUUUACAAAGUGAACGUACAAAAUGUAUUAUUGCUAUCGCACAUGAAUUAUAUCAAAUGUUGGAUACAGUGGAUAAAAAAUGCUCGAAUCUUUAUCAUAUUGAUACUAUUUGUGAUUUGUUUUAUCAUUUUAAAUAUCGAUUUACUGGAAAUCUAUUACAAAAAUAUAUUGAUGAAAGAAUCGAUAAAUUGCGACCUGAACUUCAACAAAAAUUACGUUUUCUUUCACAAAUUUCUGAUGAUUCUGUUAGUGGAUGAUUAUCUGAA